AUGGACAUGACACAAAGAAAGGAUAAUUCAGACCGGAGCGUCGAGACAAGCAGUCCUUCAGGGAGCAUCUCAGAAUCCGAGGGCUCGUUCCCCGAGAGUCUAAGCACAGUCUCAGACUCUCCCUUUUCCAUCACCAGCGCCACCAAGCUGGAGGAUUCUUUGCACGCCGGCGACAGCGUCCUACUUGAUGUAAAAACCGAUGAUCCGAUUGGACAAGUUUUUCGGGACUGCAAGAAUGCACAAAAUGACGAACUUCUUAUGGCAACACUUGAAACAGAAGAUCUGUGCGACCCGACAUUGGCGGCGAAAUGCACACCUUGCGAGUUCUCGACAGUACAGAUCCCCAUGGUCCAAGGCGGAUCCAAGUUACCAGGGUCCAACAUCAUUCAUUACUACGAAGAGUAUCAUCCUAGCCAGAUAACGGCGGCAAAGGAAGCUUGGAAGCUCGUCCUGGGCAACGAGUCGAUAUUCCACACAGUCUAUCGCGACCCCCACACUGGAUGCAACUUGCUCCCAAGGCUGCACUGGCGGGAGUUUACCACGACGUCAGUUCGCGCUUACGAUGAGGCUACCACCACAUCGGGCAGUUAUAGCAGAGGAAACGGCAAACCCGAGCUCGCAGUCCCAUCGUGGGAAGGAGUGUGUGACACAAGCGUCUCCAUGGCAGUGCGCUUUACCGUCAUACACCUCGAGACUGCUGCAGAUGGUACUACAAGGAGACGAAGCACGCUCAUCUGGUCUAUUCAUCAUGCCUUGAUUGAUGGUUGGUCUGCUGCCCUGGUGCUCCGCAAAGUAAAAGCGGCCAUGGAGGGCGACACAGUACAGCCAGGGCCAUCCUAUUCGAGCCUUUGUCUUUCGUUGGAAGAGAUGAGAAUGCUGCGCAAGGCUGAAGGUGACGCAUUCUGGGCAUCUAGACAGAGAAAGCUGUCAGCCGGAAGAGAUGAUCUCCUGUUCCCCGCGCCCGAGCCCUCAGAAGAUGGCCAUCAUGAGCGAGGCACAGCGGAAGAGGUUCGAUUCAACUUGCGACGUCACCACACGGAAGAGCUCCGACAAGUGGCGCAGAGCUGCGGCGUCACUUAUGCGACGCUUCUACACGCGGCCUGGGCUAUUUGUCUCAGUCUCUGCACAGACUCGGACAAUGUUAUUAUUGGUACCGUCAUAUCGGGACGCCACCUUUCCCUUCCAGGAGUACUGGAGACCGUCGGACCCACGGUCACAACCCUUCCUCUGCAGGUGGACAUAUGCUGGGAAAUGUCACUGGCAGAGUUUUUCGAUGAUGUGUAUCAUCGCAUGAAGUUGCUUUCUCAGUUCGCUUGGACAACAAUGGAUAACGGUUGUCCUUCCGUUGUUGGACACAUGUUCGCCAUGCAGCCCGACGUCCAGGAACAUGCAGACGGCGGCAACCUACGCCCAUCCUUCACCCGCCAGACGAGUGAUCUCCCUUUAAGUAUCAUUGCGUCUGAUAAUGGAAGUAUCACCAUACAGUACCAUAGCAAACGCUUCUAUUCGCAUCACAUGAAGACACUUUCUCGAAUGUUUCAGCGGGCGUUGGUUGGCAUCUGUCAGACGGACAAGACGCUGCAAAGGCUUGCUGCAACCGUCAUGUCUACGAAAUCCUUGGCUACCUUGCGCUCUAUGGGCAAUUGCAACUCUAGCUCUACCACUAGAGCUUCAAUUACCGACGACCUAGUUACACUCUUUGAGCGUGUGGCCACGACACACCCAUCAGCAAUCGCCGUUGAGCAAGCCGAUGAGACUGUCACGUACUCAGAAUUGCUCGAACUCUCAGGCUUUGUCGCCCAAGCGCUACUGGAUCUUGGGGUGAAGCCAGAAGAGGUUGUUACUGUACAUGCAGACGGCUCGAUCAACUGGAUUGUCUCAAUCUACGGCGUGCUGAGAGCAGGCGCGGUGUACUGCCCUCUGGACGAAGCACACCCGCAAGACUACCGAGAUUCACUGUUCGAAUCUUCAGGUGCACGUGUCUUCUUGGCCACAUCUAGGAGCUGCCCUUCUUCAAUUCCGAAAUUGGCCGUUUCGGUUCUCAAUGUUGAUUCCGUGGUGAAUAAAGUCUGUGAAGCCGUCAAUGAGCCCGCAUUAGACAUGGUGCAAAACUUUCCCCUGCGAACACGCCCGAGGCCGUGGGAUAGAGCAUACCUGAUAUUUACCUCAGGCAGCACAGGAAAACCAAAAGGUGUGAUUUGCUCCCAUCAAGGUCUUGUUGCGUUUCAGUUAGACACCUCUGUUCGUUUAAAGGCCACGGUCGGCGUCCGCGUUGCGCAGAUGAUGUCAGUCGCUUUUGACGGCAGCAUCCACGAACUGUUCUCCGCGCUUUCAUAUGGGGCAACUCUGGUUUUGAAGUCAAAAGAAGAGACUUUCGGCCACCUAAAAAUUGUCGACUCGGCAAUACUGACUCCAUCGGUCGCUUCUGUGCUCCACCCAGGCGAUUUCCCAAGGCUCAAGACGUUGUACCUGGUAGGCGAGCCCGUGCCUCAGAGAGUCUGCGACACCUGGGGGGCUGAAAAGAUUGUGUACAACAUGUACGGCCCUACAGAGGCUACUUGCGGAGCCACUAUUAAGUUGCUCUCACCAGGGAAACCAGUAACUAUUGGAGGGCCUAAUCCAACCACAAGGAUUUACGUCUUGGACCACCGUCAAAGGCUAGCCCCUCCCGGCCGAGUCGGCGAAAUAUAUCUGGCUGGUGUCCAGGUAUCUCAAGGAUAUCUCAACCGACCAGAGCUCAAUGCAAAAUGUUUUUUUCCUGACCCGUUCUGCAGCGGGCUGGGAGAGUUUAUGUACAAAACUGGAGAUCGAGGAUACUGGAGUAAAGAUGGCGAGAUAUGUUUCCUGGGAAGAUCAGACAGAGAGAUGAAGCUUCGAGGAUAUCGCAUACAUCUGGAAUCACUCGAAUCGCAGAUUGCACUGGUCUGCAAGUCGCUGGGGGCUCUUGCUGUGGCUGUCACGCGCCUGGAUGAUGAGCUGGUGUGUAUCGUACAGACCGACAAUACCUGCACCUCCACCGUCAUACAAAAGACCGUUCGCAAAGCGAUUCCAAGUUUUGCAGUGCCCAGGCACAUGUUCAUCAUGGAUGAAAUACCUACCACGCCCACAGGAAAAAUUGACUACAAGGCUGUUGUUGGACUAGCUCGCAGGUGGAUUGAAGAAGAGGAGGCCGAAAAAGUUAUAAAGGAAACUGGAUCCGCCAUGACAGAGACGGAAGCCAUGAUAGUGGCCAUCUGGGAGGAUGUCCUAGAGAACAGCGACAACAGUGGUGCGCUUGAUAUCGGCCCACAUUCAAGUCUGACACAGCUUGGAGGUCAUUCGUUGCAUCAUGUCCGCCUGGCAUCAAGGCUAUCUGCUGCAACUCGCAAGCCUGUGCCGCUGCGGAUGCUCCUGGACCUGCCUGUGCUCCGGGACCUGGCUGCGAGAAUUGACGAGAUAGAUGUGGCACCAAAGUUGCUGGACCGAGAAAAGAUUCAAGAUGCCCUGACCAAAGAUACAUCUUGGGCUAAGCUCUCUGAUCCUUCACCACUGGAGCAGCAGUGGUGGCACAGAUACCGGCACGGUAGCGCAGGGACAUCGUCAUUUACCGUGAGCUACGUGGGGAAAUACGACACCGAGAAAGUCGAUCGAGGCCGAUUAGUUGAUGCCUGGAACACUGUGCUCACGCGUCAUGAGGUCUUCCGAAGACGCUAUCUGCCGGUGCCACACAGCGCGCCCGGAGUGCAACGGCUCGUGCUGCCCUGCGAGUACUCUCCUCGUGUUGAGGUGGUCAAGACAGUAAAUGUUCGGAACGAGCUAAACAGGCCAUUUAGACUCUUUGAUGAGCCUGUCAGGGUCUUCAUUAGUGAUGAAAUGGUAGUUGCGCUAUGGAGUCACAUAAUUUGCGACUACACGACACUCCAACUUGUUCUACGAGAGGUGGCUGCUACAUACGACAACAAACCACUUGGGCCUGUUAUCUCACUGACAGACCAGAUAGAUUCUGAUGGUAUUACUGGACUGUCGGACAUUUCGCAGUCAAAUCUUGCAUUUUGGUCGAACUGCUUGGGACAGGUGAAGGAUGAUCGGCCAGGCUAUUUGGGGAGCAGCUCCCAGCGGACGAGCUACGAUGGCAAGUCAGUGUCGGCUACUGUAUCUCCAUCUCUCUGGCACCGUAUUCAAUCUCAGUGCUCCCUCCAAGGCAUUACCCUGCAGCAAAUAAUGGUGGCAGCAGUGGCUGCGGCGGUCAGUACCCACGAUGAGCUGACUGAAGAAGGCAUCACACUCGGCGUUCCCUUUAUAAAUCGUCAGACGGAGACCGAUACAUACGCCGUUGGGCUUAGGCUGGAGCCACUGCCGAUCCGUGUGCCAUUCGUGGACAGCAGUGCGUCUGAAGCUACCAGCGCCAGAGACAUGUGUUCCCAUGCGUCCCUACGCUCCUACCUCUCCGCGGUCCAAGAUGCCUGUCGGAACUCUCUUUACCACGCCGUUCCGUGGCACCAGCUGCUUGAACACUUGGGAGUUGAUCCACUGGAGCAACUUUCCGAUCACCCGCUAUUUGAUUGCUUGGUGUCAUUCCACGAUGCACGACCUAGCUCGUCUAGCACGCUAUCCAACCCUAGCUCUGUGAGUGAAGGAGGCCCGUGGAGCGUAUCUCCCAUUGGUGAGGGUCCUAGCAUCGAGCCUCAGCUCGUCUGGGGUGAGGGCUCCAAGUUUAGACUCAUGGCUGAGUUUGUAGCCGUUGAUGACAAUACGCUUGUCCUCCGCUUCGAGUACGAUACCGCGUGCUUCGAAGGCGCCUUUGGGGGCACAGGACGCAUCGAGUCAGUCCGGAGGGCUAUACUACAUACUGUUGAUGCUCUCGUGUCGCGGGAUGUUGACGAGACCGGAUCGUUUGAUGCUCUACGUCAGGAUUUGGAUCGGUUGUGGCGGGAAGAGACACGGGCGGGGUUCUGGACUGCGGUCAUGGCAGGAGGGAACGACCUCGACGCGGUCUUACUGAAGGAUCGGAAUUUGGCCUUUCAGACUAGUUUGCUAGACUUGGCCUCUAAAUGA